GACAUAUUUUAACAGGGUCAUAACGGACAUGCGCAGUAGGCACUGAACGACAGGAGAGAUAUCUUUUCUACUAGUACUGCAGUUGUUAAUGCGCUUUUGCUUGUAUCAUAUCAAAUAUAGAUCCCAAGCUCAAUAACACUCUUUUACCAACACUGUAUAGCUAAACUAUAAAAAACACACCCGUGUUAUCAGCCAUUUUAGCCGGCUGCUAGCUUCCUCCGUGCAGCAGUGGGAUCAUGUUUACUUCCCAAACCUCGUCCUUCCAGGAUUCAAUUGACGUGGAAGAGAGAGAUGACUUUGACAGCGAAGAAAUUGCUGGAUACAGCCAAAAAAUUCAGCUGAACUGCUACUACACCAUCUAUCUUUAUCAAGGCACAAGAUCUGAGGCUUCUGGGGAAAAUGUGGCUUGGAACCAGAGAAGAGCAGACUCCACAACCAGUCAGGAUGACUUUAGCCUGACACUGAUUGACAGCAGCCUGCCAUCAGAGGCGGAGCCUGAGCUGCGGACCUACAUUUCAAGGAGGCUGAGCAAAGGAGCCCUGCUCGGGGGCAUGGGCAACAUCGCCACUGUGGAGCUCAGUAUCCCAGAAGAGGCGGUCGGCUGCUACUGUUGUCUCCUGGAGCAGGAGAGGUCUCCUGACCAGCCUGAUGCUGAUGGCAACGGAUAUGUCAUCUGCUUCAUGGGUGGCUCUGAAAAAGGACUGAAUUUAUUUAGAUUAGAGCUUGACAAAUACGUCCAAGGCCUGCAUAGCAGCCUGCAAACCCCUGAGCUGCAAAACCUUGAAACUGAGGUGCGUCCCUAUCUGAGCCGGUGGUAUGAAGAGUCUGUGAUGCACAUUCACCGAGUGGUGCAGCUGGUGCAGAGCAACAUCAGCUUCUUGCUGCAUGCUGCUCUGAGUCAUACACACGUGGAUGUCAUCAAUUCAGAUGAGAGGACAAAGGCUGAUGUGUCCAGGUUCAUUAAAGCAGCCAGUUUGCAGGGUCUGUCCCAGCAGGACACCACAACAGCUUCUCUGUGCAAGGCUAUCUCAGAGGACACACAGUCUGACCUGGUUAUAGACUGCUCCACCAACCCACCCACUCUCUCUAAUACCGUCAGUAAUCGUUUCUGUGAUGACUGGAUUCAGGCCUUUCUAAACGCUGCGGAGCGUUGUAAUCCUUUCCUGCUCAGACAGAUUCUGGAGAACUUCAAACUUAAGGCCAUACAGGAUAUGAACAGCCUUAAGCGCUUCGUACGGCAGGCAGAGAUGAGUCACUACGCCCUGUUUCGCUGCUGCCAGUUCCUGCAGGGCUGCGGGAAUGGGGAUGUGUUGCUGCAGAAUGCCAGGGCGGAGCACAGCGACCUGCCUGAAGCCUGUAGCAUCAUCACUGUCCUGGAGGAGUUCCUCAGGGAACAGUCCCAGGCCCAGGCCUGAUUCCAGUACAACUCAUAACUCCCAGGUUGUGGCGCCUGCAUACUUUAUCUGUUUAUCUGUCAGUAAGACAGACAGCUCUACCAGCCACAAAGUAGAUUAAGUAGAUAAAUAUUCUAAACCUAGCACUACAUCCAAUUUUAAACAUCAGAAUGGCAGAUAAAAUUUGGCAGAGGGGAUAUUUUUAAUUUGCCAGCUGUUAUGGCAGAUUCAGAAUUUAAAUAAUACUUAUAAAACGUAAGUUUCCUCUUUUGGCGCCACUGCCCCUUCUUAACUAGAAUAGUGGUUGGUCAGAUCUGGAAAAUGUACUGUAAAAGACUGACAUCUUACACUCAGCUUCUCUUUUUGUUUGAGCUAAUCAAAGUUUAUUGACUCAGUAAAAAUGGUGCAGUGAUCUUAACAAUUAAGGUUAGUUCAAAUUUGGAAAAAAAAAAAAAAAAAUCAAUGUGAACAUCUGUUCAGAUGCACUUGUAGAGUGGCAUUUUCCCAGUCUUUCCCUUUUUGCAAACAUGUCAUGUGAGUGUGUGUAACAAUACUAUAAACCAAAUAUUAGUACUAGUGUUUUGCUAACUGACAAUUAUCACAACACAGAUCCUGAUCCAAACAAACUCCAAGCUUCUGCUCAGUGGAGCGGAUUUAUCUAUUGCUAAUCUGAGGUCCAAAUAUUCUUUUAGAAUUGUUUUGUAUUUAAUUUGAUUGCACAGCUUUUCUUUUGUGAAGAAACAUAUUGAAAGUGCACAAAUCACUUUUACGCAUCGCUUGUUACAUAGGCCUUAUUUUUGCUUACAUUCCAACCCAGUACUUGCACUACUAUAUUAUUUUUGUCAGAAGAAUACUGCUACUGUAUGUACAUACUGUAUGUCUAUCAAGUGAUAUUAGAUAUCUGAUUAAUUCUUCUCUGGGAAUGCAUUGUUGUAGAUAUAGUGUAAUUUUUGGAUAUAAUGUGUACAUUAGGACAAAUUAUUUUCUGUUUACAAACAUCUUCACAGCCUUCACCAGCUCAAGAGUUCAUGAGAAGAAAAUGGGCACUAUGUGACCAGUCACUCACUACAUUUAAUAAACUACUGCAUAGUUUAAAAGGUUCUGCAAUAUUAAUACCCACAGAAAAAAAUGUUCUAACGAGACGUAAGAUAUUAAAUAAACAAAUAAUAGAAGAUGAUUUAUUAAAGUGCUCACAAUAAUAUUAGCAUGCCUACAUUUUUUUUUUUAUCUGCGACAAGACACAUUUUUAUAUUCCAUUAAACCCAUAAACGGUUAAACUCAAUCAUUCCCAUUAAAACCAGUCCAAAGUGUGGAAUACAGCAAUAUCAUUGUUGGUGGUGUAUACUUUUAAACUGUGAACCCUGUGACAGGUAGAUGAGUCAUUUUACUCGUUAACCACAGUGUGGCUGACCCACAGUGCAUAUGUGUAGACAUUUCUGUACAGCGUGUUGCCUAUAGUUAUAAAUGACUGUGUGUAUCUCGGCCUUGUGUAGACAGAGCUCAAAUAAAUACCACAGUUAAACCUC